GAGUAAUUCUCUCCUGUUAGUCUAUCUACAAGUCCGGUCUCUCUCUCUCAAUCAAUAAAACCUUGAUCAAUUGUUUAUGGUGGUGAUCGUAUAGUUUGUGUGGAAGAUACUUUUUAUUAUAUUAACAAUGGGUGUGGGCAAAACUAGGCCAAGGUCCUCCGUUCUCCUUCAUAGUCGUGUAUUAUUCUUUUUCUUGUUAUGGUUUGAAAUCAAUCUUCUCAUAGUGGCUGAAGACACCAUCUCAGCAGGUCAUUCUCUCUCUGGGAAGCAGACUAUAAUAUCACAAGGAGGCAAGUUUGAACUUGUUUUCCACACACCAGUCACUUCUCAUAAAUUUUACUUAGCCAUCUGGUACAAAAACAUCCCCGACAAAACAGUGGUUUGGGUUGCAAACAGAGACAUACCUCUCCUUGAUGUUACAUCAGAGCUGAGAUUACUCGAAACCGGCAAUCUUGCUCUAUUUGAUCACUCAAUAGAUCACCCUAUUUGGUCCACCAAUACCACUUCCAUGGUCCAAAACACUACAGUAGCAGUCCUCCUUGAUACAGGAAAUCUUGUGUUGAGGGAUGGUUCCAAUCCCCGUGUUGUGUUUUGGGAAAGUUUUGACCACCCAACUGAUACUUGGCUUCCUGGAGGAAGGCUUGGAUCGAAUAAGGUCACAGGCGAGGAACAAACACUUUCGUCGUGGAUAGCUCCUCAAGAUCCUGACGAUGGUGCUUAUUCUUUAGGUAUGAUCAAUGUGAAUGGAACAGACCAAUUACAGUUGCGGUGGAAAAACUCCACGCGGUAUUGGACUAGUGGAGAUUGGAAUGGGAAUGGGUUCAUCUCGAUUCCUGAGUUGGGAUCAUCCAGCAAUACUUCUGAUUUUCGCUACAUUACAAGCAAGAAUGAAAGCUAUUUCACUUACUCAGUUAUAAAUAGUACUUCUUUAAUAUCAAGAAUUGUGCUUAAUUCUUCAGGGCAGAUCAAGCAAUUGAUGUGGAGUGAGGGUAGUCAUCAAUGGGAAUCGAUUUGGUCAGAACCUAAAAAUCCAUGUGAAGUUUUUUCCAAGUGUGGAGUUUAUAGCAGUUGUGAUCCAGAAAAACCAGCUGGGACUGAGUGCAGGUGUUUGGAUGGUUUUGAUCCUGAGAAUGAGGAAAAUUGGCUGGUCGGUAAUCGAACUGGAGGGUGCGUUAGAAGGAUCCCUCUGCAAUGUGGGACUAAUGGAGAAAAGGAUGGAUUUUUUUCAAUCCAAGAUUUGGAUAAGUUGCCUGUAAAUUCUGAGUCGAUAUUAGCAACUCAGAGCACUAAAGAAUGCAAGAUUGCAUGCUUAAAGAGAUGUGAUUGUUCUGCUUACACUUAUGAUGGUGGGUGCUUGUUAUGGCAUGGGGAUCUAAUGAAUUUACAGCAAACCACCACUAGUGGAAGCAACAAAAGCGCCCUCAAUCUUCGUCUUGCAGCAGCCCAGCUGAAGGAUUUUCAAGAUAAAAAAUAUAGAAGCAGCAAAAAGUCCCGGUUUAUGGUUUCAAGUAAGCAAAAAAGGCAACUGUUAACUAUUGGAGGAAUUAAUGGUGGUCUGUUAUUGCUUCUCUUAUGCUUCUUCGUUUGCUAUACAUGGAAGAGAAGUAAGUUCACUAUGAAAGGGAAAAGAAGUAACAGAAAUCAAGAUCUAUUUCCAUUUGGUCCAUCUAAAACGACCUCAAAAGAUGAUGAGUUAGGCAUGCAGAAGGGUCACAAUUUGCCGUUAUUCAGAUUUGCCACCAUAGCAGCUGCAACUGAUAACUUCUCUGCUGAAAACAAACUUGGAGAGGGAGGGUUUGGACCAGUCUACAAGGGCACAUUGCUUGAUGGGCAAGAAGUAGCCGUAAAAAGACUGUCCAGCAGUUCCAUACAAGGAUUUGAAGAAUUCAAAAAUGAGAUUACACUUAUAUCUGAACUCCAACAUGUGAAUCUGGUCAAACUAGUGGGUUGCUGCAUUGAAGAGGAAGAAAAAAUUUUGAUCUAUGAAUACAUGGGCAACAAAAGCUUGGAUUUCUUCUUAUUUGAUCCAACCAACCAAGUGCCAUUGAAUUGGACAACACGCCAGCAGAUUAUUGAAGGAAUUGCUCAAGGGCUACUUUAUCUUCACAAAUACUCUCGAUUGAGAAUCAUCCAUAGAGAUUUGAAAGCUAGCAACAUUCUGUUGGAUGAUCAUAUGAAACCCAAGAUAUCAGAUUUUGGGAUGGCAAGAAUUUAUGCAACAAAUGAAUCCAGGGCAAAUACGAAUAGAAUUGUUGGAACACUUGGUUACAUGCCUCCCGAGUACAUGGUGCAGGGCAUUUUCUCUGUAAAAUCUGAUGUCUUUAGCUUUGGCGUUUUACUGCUUGAAAUCAUCUCUGGAAGAAAAGCCAGUAGCUUCUAUCAACCAGACCACUACUCAAAUCUUCUAGUAUAUACAUGGGAACUGUGGAAAAAGCGUAAAUUUUCGGAGAUGACGGAUCCAAGUAUGAGAGAGAGACCUUCUGAAGUUGAGCUAAUUAGAUACAUCAAUGUGGGACUCUUGUGCGUUCAAGAACAUGCAUCAGACAGGCCUAUCAUGUCCGAUGCUAUCUACAUGCUUAGCAAUGAAAGUUUACAACUGCCAAUACCCAAAGGACCUGCAUUUGUUAUGAGAACAAGUGAUGUUAAGGCGGGUUUAUCUCCUAGUAGGCCUAGAUCUUGUUCAUUGAAUAAUGUAACAAUUUCAGAGAUGGAAGCCAGAUGAUUACAUGUAAUCUAGAAAUUCCUAUUGUUUGACUUCUUCUGAAAAAGUGAAAUAACACAAAUGUUUGGACAAACACUAGUCAACAUCCUAUCAAAAACUUCAAAUUUUAAAAAGCUUGUGUUCUAAGUCUAUUGAUCUACAUAUGUUUCCAUUCCGUUUGUUUCUAUUUGGAUUCUCAACUAGUAAAAUAUUAACCUAAACAUUGCAGACAAAAAACUUAUAAUUUGAUAUAGACUAUAUUCUUGACCUAAUAUCUUCCAUACUAUGCAGAUUUUUUCACAUUUCU